AUGGAUCCUGGUGAACAAAUGAUCGACUCGACCCGGAAAAUCCAAACUAACGAUACCGAACCAGAAGAGGAAGACGGGGACCUUUUCGAGAUAAACCUCGAAAUCGUCGACAAAAUACCGCCAACUCAAUAUUAUUCGGGGAGCAAUGAUUUUUCGGUCACUGGCAACACGCUUCUGGCCAACUGCUUGCUGCCGAUCGCUGAUGUCUCUCGUGCCGUUCCAGUGGCUUUGGAGGAGCGCGCUCAAGUCGCGGCAGUGGAGAGGCCCGCCGCAAUGGAGAGGGCAGUUGUGGUGGUGGAGAGGGCAGCUUCGGUAAGGGAGCAACCAGAGCCGCUGAUGGGGCAGACGGGAGGAAUGCAAACCGGAGGGGCAGGACAACACAUUCCGACGGUAGCUAGGUUGCUCGGAGGUGGUAGUCAUCGGAGGGAUGAGCCAGAGGAGAGCAUGGAUCCUGGUGAACAAAUGAUCGACUCGCUCCGAAAAAUCCAAACUAACGAUACCGAACCAGAAGAGGAAGACGGGGACCUUUUCGAGAUAAACCUCGAAAUCGUCGACAAAAUCCCGCCAACUCAAUAUUAUUCGGGGAGCAAUGAUUUUUCGGCCACUGGCAACACGCUUCUGGCCAACUGCUUGCUGCCGAUCGCUGAUGUCUCUCGUGCCGUUCCAGUGGUGAUGUGA